AUGGCUCGGAAGCCAACACCCUCCGAUAAACAGAGAGUCAGGACGGGCUGUCUCACUUGCCGAAAGAGGCGUAGAAAAUGUGACGAACAGAAUCCAAGAUGUGCCAACUGUGAGGUCAAAGGAUUCACUUGCAAAUAUGGAUCUGACUUGGCCUUCAUGACGCCGCGGUCUGGGCAGGUGGCUAGUGAAACAGGGGCAGGCUACACAUCGAUCACGUUUGUCGAUGAAUCGCCUGCUCCGAUCGACAAAGGAAUACCAAUACAGCAAUCUACGCCAAGUCAGAGCAACCCACAAGAGAGUCUGGACCAUGCCAGUGGAGAUGACAUCCAGAGCCAAGAUCAGGAUAUGCCAAACCUUGAACUACGUGGUAUCCUUAGUCCUCAUGGCCCAAUCCACCAUACAGAACCGACCUUUGAGGGACACUCGGGUUUUGCUCUGCGUUAUCAACGACUAGUGCAAUGUCCCACGAAAGAAAAUACAAGCUACGAGACAGAUUUGUUACGACAUUUUCGUUAUCAUGUCGGUCCAUGGAUGGACACUGGUGAUUCGAACUGUGCCCUUGGAGUCCAAGUUCUUCUUCUUUCCCGGUCAAGCAGACCCCUGCAGUGCGCCAUUCUUGCAUUAUCGGCGGGCCACAGAUCUCUUCUUUCUUCGGCCCACAGCGACGAUAUUGUGAAUAUGCUGCGAUUCCGAAGGGAGGAGCAAGCUUUGAACUAUAACUUGGAAUUGGAGAGACAUACAGCUUCAGCACUGCUCCUUCUGCAAGAAAUCCUUCCAUCUGGACUUCAGCAAUGGAGAGACAUAAUUUUACCACAUACCAACCAUCCACAUGGAUUCAUCUCGCCACUGGAUUUGGUUCAGGAGCUAGGAAACUCACUGUUCUGGGUCUAUUUUAAACUAGAUCUAGCAGCUUCAAUCGCUUCGUAUAAAGCUCCCAUUAUUCCAUUCCAGACAUUCGUGCAAGACGGAUUUUCGAUCCAUGCAUCCCAACAUAUCAUCCAGUCCAAUAUCACCAGAGUUUAUCAACAAGCUUUAUGUCUUUUAGGGCACUGCCUCGCUCUGAUCUACGAAGAACCCGUCUCCCUGCAAGCAAGCUCUCCAGGAUUACGGGCUUUUCCAUCUCUACGGCAAUCUCACUUCCUCUCGCAGUGGAGUUCACUUUGGACAGAUUGUCAAAAGUUUUACAACGAGCGCCCAGUUGAGGCGCAACAAAUCGUGGAUAUUCGCGGCGACGAAGCCGAUAUGGAUCACAACUCAGCUUUCCCAAUCAUCUUGAUCUUUACGACACCAAUGGCGCUGGUCGCCAAUGUUGUUUACCAUACCAUCUCUUUCCUGCUCCUCACGCAUAAACCACGGCUUUUAAAAUCGCUCCCCGGCCCUCGCAACUUAACAUCCCAUAUUUGGCAUGCACAAGCGAUUGCAGGGAUAGCUGCUUGCAAUGACUCACCGGAGCAGUGGGAUCCGGUAUUUGUCGCGAGUUUAUUAUUAAUUGGAAAAAAUAUGUCCCACGAGACUCAACAAGCUGUAUUGCAGGAACGAUUAAGAAUAAUAACCGCUAGGACGGGCAUGAAUCUGGAGCGUGAGAUAGACUCGCUACAAGCAUCAUGGAGAACCGCAAGAUAUGAUGAAGUGGAAGACUGA